UCAUCUUCUUCUCUCUACAACUCAGCAUAUUGUCUCAACUCUCACUCAUCGACAAUGGGAAGAACACCUUGCUGCCACAAAAAUGGCCUCAAAAAGGGACCCUGGACGCCCGAAGAAGACGAGAAGCUCAGUCGAUACAUCCACGCCCACGGCGCCGGAAAUUGGAGAAAUCUUCCAAAAAAUGCUGGUCUUCAAAGAUGUGGGAAGAGUUGUCGAUUGCGAUGGACUAAUUACUUGAGGCCAGAUAUAAAGAGGGGAAGAGUCUCAUUUGAGGAAGAAGAAACCAUUAUCCAACUCCAUAGUGUUCUUGGCAACAAAUGGUCGGCCAUAGCUGCACGUCUGCCCGGGAGAACAGACAACGAGAUCAAGAACUACUGGAACACCCACAUCCGCAAGCGCCUACUCAAGAUGGGGAUCGACCCGGUGACCCACGCACCGCGCCUCGACUUACUCGACCUCUCCUCCCUCCUCACCUCGCCGCAGCUCAACCUACCGAGCCUCCUCCGCCUCCAGACGCUGCUCAAUCCAGAGGCGCUGAGGCUCGCCAUGACCCUAGCAUCGACCGCCGCCGCCGCCAGCAGCGAUGAUGCUCAAAUUCUGAAUUCACACCUUCUGAAUCAAACGCAGGCAGCCCAACCUCUCCAAGCUAAUCAGUUUGAAAAUACUUUCGAUCAACAAAUUCCACCAAACAUCGAUGAUAAUUCGUUUCAGUAUCAACCAAUGAUUCAAGAUAAUUUGAUGCCUGGCUUCGGCUACAGUGUUCCGGAUCAAGUUAGAGCAGAUUUUUCCGAAAAUUCGAGUUUUCAAUCGAUGAACAUCAACACCAACACCAACACCAACACCAACAGCAGCAAUAGCAAUAGCAAUAACAAUAAUUUUAAUUUGGAUUCGGUGUCUCUGUCUAGCUCUUCUACGAUUAACAAUGGCGGUGGGGAAGAUGAGAGGGAGAGUUUCUGCAGUAAUCUGUUCAAGUUUGAUAUUCCGGAGAGUUUGAAUUUUGAUGAUUUCAUGUAAACUUA